CCCCCCCCCCCAUGUUCUUCAUCAUACCCUCUCAGGAUAGGUGGAAAACUGAAAUAUUAUGUCGUAAAGACUUUAACAAUUCUACUUCGCGUUAAGUGUUUAGAAUGCUUUUAAAGUAGUAGUUGUAUUGGGAAGUAGCAUUCCUUUUGAAGGAUGUGAGGAAGAUAAAUGGUAGAUACAAGCAUCAAUUAUAUGGUUUAGACAGUUGUACCAGUAUGGAUGAAGUGCAUUGAUGUGACAGACAUCUUCCUCUCCUGGAUGAUCUACAGAUUUUGGUAGUUGUUGAGUUACUGGGUUUGUGUCAUCAUGAGCUAAUAGGUUAGGGGGAGGUAUUCUUCCCAUCCUUCUUUGUUUCUUCUUGUUCCUUCUGGGAAAAGAGAGGGUAACAAGUAUGAAAAAUACUCUUCAGUGCUCUCUUUAAAUGCUUCUAGCUGCACACCUUAUCUAGAGAAGCAGUAACCAAAGCUGCAGUCUUUGAAUUUUGUGUUGGCCUACAAUAAUUUCUUUGGCUCCAAGUUCCACUUCUUGGUGAAUCAUUAAUCCUAUUUCCUGCUGUGUACUUGAGGAAGUGCAAUUGUUACAAUUGAGAUUUUUUUUUAAUUAUUAUUUUAGGUGGGGUUCUUGUCUAGGGGUUUGUGUUUUUUGUUUUGUUGUUUUGAGGAAAGUGAUUGACAAAUUUAUCAAGUCUGAUCUCAAGUAUAUUUUGGGAAGUUAGCUGACUGUCUCUUCCUACAGGCCAUAGUGACAGCAAAUCUAGAUAGUUUGACAUGGUCACAGUGAAUAUCUGCCUACAAGUUUGUAAGGGUGAAAGCAGUGACUUGACAGUUGCAUAAUAAAGCAGAAGGCGUUUGUAAGAUAGUUGUGGGAUGAGAAGCUGAGUUUAAGAAAUGUAGUCUUAUCUGUGUCCUUUAAAUAUCUGAGGAUUUUUAUAACAGAAAGGUAAGAAAAUGUUGAGGGUCCAGAGAUAAAUUUAAGACUAUUCUUUCUUAAGCAGUAUUUAAAUUCUGUAAUAACAGUGGAGCUAAGAUCAGAAUAUAAAGAUUGCUUAAAGAUUAGUACAGAAUUGAGAGAUGUUAAUGCUUUUGGAUAAGAGGUCUGUUUUGUUAAAGAUGAUGUACUAAGAAAGAUGUGAUAAUUUUCCUGUUCAUAUUGCAGAAUGGAUAUAAACUGUUUACGUGGAACAAUUGGGUCUGUCUUGUGAUAUAGAGUAAGAUAUAGAGGAGGAAAAUUCUUUAAAAUCUCCAUUUGUGACUCCUUGAAGCUCUGAAUCUCUUAAUCCCUGCCUGUGGUCUUGCUGAUAUAAAUCUUAUUAGGUAUUUUUUCAGUGUCAUCCUUAAGUUCUUAAAUUCUUGCAGAUUAUUGUGAUUCCUUUAGUCUCUCCUUUUGAAAGUGUAGGAGAUAUAACUAGGUGAUCUAUGUUGCAUCAGAAGAUGAGAUGUAAUUGCCUGCCAGUGACAGACGCAGUAUGCAACUACUAACAGGUAAUGGAUCCCUCUUGGGCUGCAGUUCACAUCUACAGUUACUUUGUUUGAAGAAGUUUGAAUGCAUAAGAACUAAUGGUGUCACCUCCAUCACUCCAAUUUUAAAAGUUGUAUUUUUGUGAGUGCAGCCCCUAAAGGGCUUAACCAGCUUCCAGAGGACUUGCCUACAUGAAAUUGUCACAGCUACUGUUGGCAACUUAAUUCUGAUUUGUUGUCAUAUACUGCUGGAAACUCUGGAGUUGGUGUCAUAAGAUGCUUUGGUUUACUAGAUAAGGACAGUAAGCUAAUUUUUGAAUUGUAUGGGAGUGAUUGGGUCCUUGGUAUUUUUUACACUUCCCAAUACAUGUAGAUUGUGCAGUAACUAGGUUUUGGGUUUUUGUUUUAUUCAAGUUUCCAAAGUUCUUGUUCAAGAAUUGAUCUUUCAGUAAGGACAACAUAGCAUCCUCAUGAAGGAAUGACUGAGAAGAGUGAAUUAUUUGUCUUUUUAUGGAAGGAGGUUUUCUAAAUCUGAAUUAUGUCAUGUUAAAUGUUUGUCUAUAUUGCUGAUCACUUAUAUGCUAGGGAGAGAAGUGGAAAUAAUUCCCAGAGAAAUUGGCAAUUGUUGGAGGGGAUGAAGUUUAAAGGAGGCUAUCAAACAAUGGAGAGUACAAAAAUAAAGGCAAGGUAAUUAACCAGCAUGUUAGUGGUUCUAAAAGGAAAUGUAUUUUUUUAUAGUGAACAGUGGAUUUCAAAUGUAAAAAAUAUAUAUAAUAUUUAAGUGCACAUCUAUCCUUUUGUUUCAGUGAAAGUCAUGUAGAUAGAUAACCAGCUUAAUAAGAGUAGCUUAUAAUGCAGACCUGGUUAUACGCACCAUGUAUCACAGCCAAGCUUUGAAUUUGGCCUUCAUUUAUAAGUUUGGCAGGCCUGUCAUCCCAGUGGGUGACAAUGCUCCAUGUGUCCCUUGUCCUUUUUAUUGAGGUAAAGGGGAAAGAUAGUGUAGCUGUAAUGCUUUUUAGUAAGGGGUCUCUCAGGUUCCAUUUCUGGUGGGUUUAUUGUCUUGAAAUGCAAGGGCAGAUCCUUUGAAAAGAACUUCAGCCCAAAGUACUGAAGAAUUUAACAGCAAAAGAAAAUGUAAAUCUGGACAUAGGCAGAGUGUAUAAGUUGGGGAAAACAUUGUGAGCACAGGCAGGAGGAGAAAUUAUACAAACAUGAAAUAUAACACUUACGGGAAGGGGACUUGCUAUGCUUUUUUUUUUUUUUAAUGAAGAAUUUUGCACAUUUUCUUUCAUGAAUUUAAAGAGGUAUACAGCAUACUAUUCUGUAGGGUUUUUUUAUAGCUAAGCUCCCUAGAAAUGCUGAACACUGUAAAAUGUGAGGAAAUCCUAACCUGCUCUUUGUUUGCUUGUUUUCCUAGUUUUUCUCUUGUGUGCAUUAUCAUGCAAGAAAAAAACCCUCCUGUCUUUACUUUUACUGGAUUGCUUUGAAUUGUACUAUUAUACAUCUUGUUUUAUAUGGAUUAAGUUGUGUGCAAGGAAAACAGGAUAACAACGAGGAAGAAAAAUUAGGAAGAAAAAUAAUUUGUCUUUCAUAUAUCAAUGUGCAUGUGUUAUGCAAGUAAGUAUGUGCAUAGUAGAUAGGUUUUGACUGGAAAUCUGCAGCCAUUCUGUUGAACUGAGAGUGUCUUAGUAAUAAUGUGUAGAGGUAGAAUUUUGGAUAUUUGAUACUGAGAAGUGCAUAGUUACUUGUUUUAGGGGGGAUAUCACAGUUAUUGAUAUCAAUACUUUAAUAUAUUUAUGCUAAUUAGUGUUUAGUGUAUCUGUAUCUUACCAAAAAAUCUGAAAUGGGAGGAGGGUAGCUUUAAAAAUACAGUAAAACACUGAGAACUCAGCUCAUUGUUAGAACAUAGACACGUAUACAGUUUUAAAGAUUUUUUUUUAAAAAAAGUUGUUUUAUAAAAUAGUUUCUUGCACUUUACCUGCUGGCUUUUCAAUUUGGUAGAUAACAUCUGAACUCCAGCAGAGUUUUAUAAUCCCCACGUGCUUAAAUAUACUAAAUGUUCUUUUUCCAUUAAGGUUAAUGUUCGUGAAGAAAUUGAAGAGUUUUUUCCAAGAAUGUGGAAGAUAAAUCAAGAUAAAAGAAGGCUAAUGAAAAGUAUUAAAGAUCAGAAAAUUAAAAUUGAAUGGGGGAAAAAAUUGAACAGAAGAUUGGUCAGAUAGAAGCACUUGAAUGUUUUUUUAAGGCUUUAAUGAAUUGUUUGAAUUGGGGAAGAAUACACGAAGUAUGAAAAAUGAAAAACUCAAUGAAGAAUGAAGAAAAGUAGAAAGCAAGAGUGAAGUAGAAUUAAAAGAAUCUGGAAGAAUGAAUGGGUCCUAGGUUAAGUAAAUGAGUCUCGCUCCCAGUCAAAAUCUCCAGCUGGGAGUCCUGCUCGUGUAAAAUCGGAGAGCAGGUCAGGAUCUCGUAGUCCAUCGAGGGCUUCCAAACAUUCUGAAUCGCAUUCUAGGUCAAGAUCAAAAUCAAGAUCCAGGUCCAGAAGACAUUCGCACAGACGUUACACUCGCUCCAGAUCCCAUUCCCAUUCUCAUUCCCAUAGGAGACGUUCUCGAAGCAGAUCAUACACACCAGAAUACCGUCGUCGAAGGAGCCGUAGUCAUUCUCCAAUGUCCAACAGGAGAAGGCACACUGGCAGCAGAGCUAAUCCAGAUCCCAAUACAUGUCUUGGAGUGUUUGGUCUCAGUUUGUACACUACUGAGAGAGAUUUGCGUGAAGUCUUUUCCCGGUAUGGACCUUUGACUGGUGUCAAUGUCGUUUAUGAUCAACGGACUGGACGAUCAAGAGGCUUUGCUUUUGUUUAUUUUGAGAGAAUUGAUGACUCUAAAGAGGCAAUGGAGCAUGCAAAUGGUAUGGAGCUGGAUGGCAGGAGGAUUCGAGUGGAUUACUCAAUCACCAAGAGAGCACAUACACCCACUCCAGGCAUCUACAUGGGCAGGCCAACACACAGUGGAGGCGGUGGUGGUGGUGGAGCAGGUCGUCGCCGUGACUCAUAUUAUGAUAGGGGCUAUGACAGAGGGUAUGACAGAUACGAAGAAUAUGACUACAGAUACAGGAGACGAUCACCAUCGCCUUAUUAUAGUCGAUACCGAUCACGAUCGAGAUCCCGUUCCUAUAGUCCAAGGCGCUACUGAAGAUGAGAAGAGUUAAGAGUUGAGGACAUGAUUUUUAAAUACAAAGUUCAGAUCUUCCCUACUGCUUUCCCUCCUAUCCCUCCCUUCCUUGUCCUCCAUCCAGCGCUUUUACAAAUCUUUGGUUCAUUUAGAAUAUACAUAUUUUCAGUUCAAGUAUUCCUGUUUUCCAUCCCUCCUUAUUGUAAUACUCUUAAAUAUUGUAAUUGUUGUAGUUUUUGUGUAGUAAAAAAUCUUAAGUAAAAUUAAAUAGAGAACCCAAAGUGCUGAUAUGUUUUGGAAGUCAUUCCUCUUCUGUUUUAAAACAAUUGGAUUCCUGACUAAUUGGAAGAGAGGAUUGAUAUUUUUAAAGCUUGCAUGUCAUAUGUAAUAUACACACUCAGAUACUUCAAUAUAAACCUGCAUUUCCACGUAACUUGUUAAUCUUUCUGUUAAAAUGUUUACCUGUUACUUUGAUAAACACGUAACAACUUUGAGCCUUUUCUGUGAUGAAAAAUUUACUUUGUCAUGAACCAGAGAAUUUUUUUAAUUUUUUUUUUGUCAGGUAUUUGCUUUGAGUGUAGACUAUUUGAGCUGGAGCAAAAUUUGGUAUUUGAUUGACUGGGAAAAUAGAUCCUUGUACACUCAAAAUUAAGGCUGUGUUUUAUAGAUGCAGUUUCUGGAGUGCUACACAGUGGAUAACAUUUGAAGUUAAAACUGUAAAAAUCCCGGACUUUUUAUUGUACUUGGUUGAGUAUUUCCCCUUAAUUGGUGCAGGAGAAAAAUAUUUAUUGAACGUAGCAAUUAGUUGUAUAAUUUGCUGUUUGUUUAAACAAUUAAAAAAAAAGACCCCACCGACUUUUUGGUAUUGCAAUAAUGAUUAAGCAAGUUUUGUUUCAAGUCCUUUUUGGAGUUUUGAAAGUGUGGAUGGAAAACCCUACAACUACAUAUAAACCUUUUUUUCCCCUUAAUAAAAGUUAAUUCCACUGA